GCCAUUUUUGCGAGGAAGACAAGGAAGGAAGGAAGAAGGAGGGAAAUGAGGAUUCUAUGGAGCCACCUCUUGGGUGCAGUAAGGAAACCAAUAAAAUAGGAAGAAGGAAUAAUCCAAGGUGAUGCUCUUGCUGAAUUCUUGACUUCACUCACAGAUAAGAAAGAGAAAAAGUAGUGCCAAGUAUCUGUAUUGCAACCAUAUCACUGUUCACAUGGAGGAGAAAGCAUUUAAAUGCCUGGAGUGCGGAAAGAGUUUUACUCAGAAGGCUUAUCUGCAGCAACAUGAACGGACUCACACUGGGGAAAAGCCCUAUAAGUGCCUGGAGUGUGGACAGAGCUACCCUCAUAGUUCAACGCUACGUUCGCAUCAAAGAAUUCACACUGGGGAGAAACCCUAUACAUGCUUGGAGUGUGGACAGAGCUUCACUUUUAAUUCAGGUCUACGUGCGCAUCAAAAGACGCACACUGGGGAGAAACCCCAUAAAUGCUUGGAGUGUGGACAGAGCUUCUGUCGGAGUUCAUCUCUACGUUCACAUCAAAGAACUCACACUGGGGAGAAGCCCUAUACAUGCCUGGAGUGUGGACAGAGCUUCACUCAGAGUUCAAAUCUACGUUCGCAUCAAAGGACUCACACUGGAGAGAAACCCUAUAAAUGCCUGGAGUGUGGACAGAGCUUCAGUGAGAAUGGAAGUCUACGCGUGCAUCAGAGGACUCACACUGGGGAGAAACCCUAUAAAUGCUUGGAAUGUGGACAGAGCUUCAGUAAGAAUGGAAGUCUACGUGUGCAUCAGAGGACUCACACUGGGGAGAAACCCUAUAAAUGCUUGAAAUGUGGACGGAGCUUCAGUUACAAUGGAAGUCUACGUGUGCAUCAGAGGACUCACACUGGAGAGAAACCCUAUAAAUGCCCUGAGUGUGGACAGAGCUUCACUCAGAAUUCACAUUUACAGAGUCAUCAAAGGAUUCACACUGGAGAGAAACCCUAUAAAUGCUUGGAGUGUGGACACAGCUUCGUUAAUAGUUCACAUCUACAUUCGCAUCAAAGGACUCACACUGGGGAAAAACCCUAUAAGUGCCUGGAGUGUGGACAGAGCUUCACUCGUAUAUCAGGUCUACGUUUGCAUCAAAGGACUCACAGGGGGGAGAAACGCUAUAAAUGCUUGGUGUGUGGAAAGAUCUUCACUCAGAAUUCACAUCUACAUUUGCAUCAAAGGACACACACUGGGGAGAAACCCUAUACAUGCCUGGAAUGUGGAAAGAGCUUCAUUGAUAAUGGGAAGUUACGUUUGCAUCAAAGGACUCACACUGGGGAGAAACCCUAUACAUGCCUGGAAUGCGGAAAGAGCUUCAUUGAUAAUGCAAAGUUACGUUUGCAUCAAAGGACUCACACUGGGGAGAAACCCUAUACAUGCCUGGAAUGCGGAAAGAGCUUCAUUGAUAAUGGAAAGUUACGUUUGCAUCAAAGGACUCACACUGGGGAGAAACCCUAUACAUGCUUGGAGUGUGGAAAGAACUUCUCUUAUAAUUCAAGUCUACGUUCACAUCGAAUGACUCAUACUGGGGAGAAACCCUAUAAAUGCUUGGAGUGUGGACACAGCUUCACUCAGAUUGGAAAUCUACGUGUGCAUCAAAGGACCCACACUAGGGAGAAACUCUAGAAAUGCAUGGUGUGUGGGAAGAGCUUCUCUGAGAGUUCAAAUCUACAUAGGCAUAGAAUUCACAUUGGAAAGAACAGUAGUAUUUGACCCCAGAGAGACUCCCGAAAACUGAGCUUUCCAAACUUUUCAUGUUGAUGACUUUUUAGACAUGCAUCCUUUCACAACAUGGUAAUUCAGUUCAACUAGUAACCAGAGGUUAAACCAACCCCUUAUAAGAUUUUGAAUAUAAAUAUAAUGUAAUAUAGAUAAAUUUGUCUUAUAUACUAACUACUACAUAAAAAGUCUUAUAUCUUUUCAUAAUCACUAAUAGACUUACUUUUAUUCCAGCCAAACCUUAACUUAUAUCCUUCUAGGUAGAGUUAAACUCGAUUAACC